AUGAGCGAUCACAGCCGUGGCGGCUCUCAGGGCCGUAAUCUUUCAGGUUAUUGGCGUUCCGCAGCCGAUAUUCCUGGUGGCACACCACAGGCGAACAAUCCAGUUCCAAAUUCCUCGAAUUAUCGAGGCGAUCUCACCAAUCCUCGCAAUAAAAGUGCAGAUAUCCCGGAGUCUGAGAAUUGUGCUACCUGGUGGACAAAUUUGCCGCCUGACUGUACGUAUGAGACGCUCUUCGAUAGCAUACGGAAUGUUGGUGCAGUAAGCCAUGCAGUUAUCAACCCGCCACUCGGCGUACACGGUACAGCUGCCGCAAAAGUAGAGUUCUUUGACAGGGCCUCGGUCGAUCGCCUGAUGGUCCAAGCCAACAACGGCCAUAUUAGAGGCCAUCUUCGCUGCGGCGGUCGGAUACCGAACGUCGUUUUAAACCGAAUUAGAGUCGCUGCCCACUCCAACACAGUCCCCAGCGAUCAUGGCAAUAAUGGUCACGGCUCCCGUGUUCUCCAAGUUGUUGGCGAUUCCCGAAUCGUCCGUCAAAAUUACCUGGAGACUGUACUGGCUAGUCCAAAUAAUCGGGUCAUAUAUGGCUUGGAACGAGCCCGAACCUUUACACAGGCUGAUGGGUUAUCCUGUGUUGAAUUCCGAUUUGCAAGCUAUACUGUGCAGGCUGCUCGAGCGCGUAACGUCUUCAUGGCACAGAAACACAGGAAAGAUAUACCUGAAAGCGAGAGGGCUCUGUGGGAGGGCGUUACUUGCCUUUUCGGACCGGACCCGUGCCAAUAG